GUGACUUCCCGCCUCCCCCCCCUCCGCCCCCACCGCCUCCCCCCUCGGCAGACCACCUGGGGGGCUUCUCGCCAGCCGCGGGGUCCUUCCUGCCGCCCCCUCCUCCGGAUGAAGCCUUUUCCAGCCUCCAGGUCAACUCCGGUGGGAAGACCCUGGAAGAGAGGCGCUCCAGCUUGGAUGCGGAGAUCGACUCCUUGACCAGCAUCCUUGCGGACCUGGAAAGCAGCUCCCCUUACAAGCCAAGGAGCCAACAGGCCACUGGCAUUCCUGGCGGAUCUCCGGGGGCCACCCCCACUGUGUCCACUCCGGUCACGGGACACAAGCGCAUGGUCAUCCCCAACCAGCCUCCUUUGACCGCCACCAAAAAGUCAGCCACCCCCAAGCCCGGCGUCCAGCCAAUCCCGGUGACGCCCGUCGGCCCCUUGAAGCCUCAGCCCGUCCCGGCGUCCUACGCUACGGCCGCCACCCCCACCCGCCCCCCGUUCAACGUGCAGGUGAAAUCCGCUCAUCCUGCCCCCCACUUCCCACCCUCGCCCCCCCAGUAUGGCGGCCUGGCCCCCCAGCCUGCUUCUUCAAUAGGGCCCUAUGCCCCGGCUCAACCUCGGGCCCCCGAUUACGGCUACGUGCCCCCGCCGGUGGUGGGUUACGGUUCUGCGCCCCCGCCGAGUCGCCAGCCGGAACCGGCCUAUGCUGGGAGCGCCGCCCUCAGAGGCUGGGAGGGAGCCGAGCCUUCCUAUGGACCCCCCAGCGCCUGGAAGCCUGAGCCAGCAUACCCUCCAGCUGUGGGGCAGUACCCGUCCUCUGGAGCCAGGAAGAGCCACGGCUUUGAGCCAGCGCCAGCCUCUCAGCCGCCCGCUUUGCAACCAAAG